UGGACGUCUCUAUUAGAGUGAAGUUCGUUCAAGUUCGUAUACGUACGAGUCAAGCGGAACGAAAUUAUUUUCAUUAUUUUUCCACUUUCUGAUUAUUAAAAGCAUGUUAUAACAAUGAUUCACUUUAAAGACAGUAAAAAUAAAUCAGCGUUAAGUACAAGAUGGGCUCAGAUGUCGAAGCAAGAACAAAUAAUAGAAAGAAAGAAAAUGGAGAUACAGGCCAAACUGGAGGCUCAAAAGCAGGCUGCAGCGCUUGCCGCUCAAGCCAAACUAUCAAAUCCUAGUCCGAAAGAUGAUAAAGGUUCAGUCAAUAUAUUCUCCAAUGAUGGCAGCUUCAUGAACCAGUUUAAAGCAUUGUUAGAAAAACAAAAACAAGACAAACAGGAUAAAGAAGAACAAGAGAAGCAACAGAGUGAUGAUGAGGCUAAAUCUAUCAAAACAGAGUUUAAGGAGUCCUCUCCUGUUGAUGAUGAAUUUGACAGAGACUAUGCUAAUAAUAAUGAUGACAGAAGGAAAUCGGGAGAUCGGAACCAAAGAGAUAAGCAUCGGCGUUGGAAUGAAAGGGUGCGCAACAGGCCCCAUAGUCCUAUGACUCCAGUGGUAGAAGACAGAAAGAAAAUUGUAGAUAUCAAAAAUCCUCUCUCAAUCCCGCCUCUUAUGCAGAUACCUGUAAUGCCACCCAAUAAUCAAUCUUCUGAUUCUGAUCGCAAUCAAUGGCUUCUUUCUGCGAAAUCUGAUGAAGACCCAGAUUCUAGUUUAGAGCAAUGUCCUGGCCCUAUGGGUCCCGGUCCCGGGCAAUUACCACCUGGUCCCAUGCCUCCUGGUAUAAUGGGCCCUAGCCUGAUGGGACCUGGCCCCAACAUGGGUCCUGGACCAAAGAUGGCUCCUAAUAUGAACCUUGUUCCUAUUCCUGGCAUGUCUGGACCCAAUAUGGGACCUGGUUCUAACAUAGUACCUGGAAACAAUAUAGGACCAGGUCAAGGUCCUAAUAUCGGUCAAGGUCCUAGUAUGGGUCCAGGUCCUAGUAUGGGUCCAGGGCCUAAUAUGGGACCAGGGUCCAAUAUGGGCCCGGGUCCCAAUAUGGGUCAGGGGCCUAAUAUGGGUCCAAGACCAAAUAUGGGCCCUAGACAAAAUAUGGGCCCAGGUCCAGGUAUGGGUCCAGGGCCUAUGAUGGGACCUAGAGGCCCAAUGCCGCCUAUGCCUCCCGGCGGCCCAAUGCCUUUUAUGGGAGGUCCUCCUAAUUUCCCAAUGCCACCUAAUUUCAUGGGGCCUAAUGGCCCUGGCGGGCCUUGUGGCCCUAUGCCACCAAACAUGUGUGGACCUAAUAUGGGACCAGGAGGCCCUGGACCAAAUGGUCCUAUGCCUCCUUUCUUUGGUCCUCCUUUCCCUAAUCCAAUGAUGGGUCCAAAUGGUCCGCCUAAUUCCAUGAUGCCGCCUAAUCCGAUGAACAAUUCUAACAUGCCAUUUAUGGGUGGUAGACCCCCAUUUGGGCCUAAUGGUCCUCCUAACUUUGGAAAUAAUAACGGUCCUCCUAUGCCUCCGUUUAUGCCUCCUAACUCAAUGUCUAUGCUCCCUAACCCUGAUUCGAAACCAAUGGACGGAAAUUCAAUUAAAUCAGAAGGAAUGCCUCUACCACCACCAUUGUCAUUGAUGAACCAGAAAGAAUUGGAUACAACAGUGCCCUUCAAGCCAGCACAAGUUCUCUCUGCAGAUUCGUUGCCGCCGUCAGUCCAGCGCGCAGCCAGCGAAGUCGCCUGCAACGGUGACCACUGGGAAAAUGUGCUGAAAGCAAUACACUCACAAGAUCAAAAUUUGUGGUUCCUACACAGCACAAACUCGAACGAGUAUAAGGCGUUUAGGGAGCUAGUUUUUAAGAUCAGAGGAGAGAAGUGUGACAAGAUUGAAGUUAAACCUGAGGACAAGUAUGAACCGGAGUUUAGCUUGGAGGAUGAUGACAGCAACGAUGAUUGCAAAUAUAACAUGAAGGAUGAUAGUAGGGACAGGGACUACGGUCAAAAUCGUCCAUUCGGUAAACGUGAACCAGCGAGCUCACAAAGCGACGAGGAGUCUGACAGUAAGCGAGAGAGACGCAAGAAAAAGAAGUCUCGGUGGAGUGAUGACCCACCACCAGCCGAUAUCAAACCUCCUGGAGUGGUCGCACCUAUGCCUUCUUUGUUACCAGGUGCUAAGCUGUCUAAAAUAGAUGAGGAGGGCAUAAAGCUGUGUACAGUGAACCGCAACAACCAAGCUCUGAUGCAAUAUGCAAUGACAAAUUAUGGAACUACCAACCUUAGCCCUGAAGACUGGAAGAAGUGUGAAGAUAACUUCAAACUUAAUCUAUUAUAUCAGGACAUGUUGAAAAAGAGACAAGAAGUAGAACGCUUGGCAGCUGCUGGCAAGUACAAAUAUGAAUAUGACAGUGAUGAAGACACAAUGGAAGGCACAUGGGAACACAAGUUACGAGCUAAAGAAAUGAAUGCAACUGAGAAGUGGGCGAAUGAGUUAACGAAACAGGCAGCUGGGAAGCAUCACAUUGGCGAUUUCUUACCGCCAGAAGAAUUAAGAAAGUUUAUGGAGAAGUAUUCGGCAGUGAAAAGUGGCAAAGAGCCAGACUUGAGCGAUUACAAAGAAUUUAAACUGAAAGAAGAUAACGUCGGGUUCAAGAUGCUACAAAAGCUGGGUUGGAGUGAGGGGCAAGGACUUGGUGCGGAAGGCUCUGGAAUUGUGGAACCAAUAAACAAAAUAAUCCCCGACGACCUUACUACUAAGAAGAGUUCGUGAAAACAAAAUAUUCCCUUAGACUUUAGUGAAGUGAAGUUGGCUAUGGUGUCCAAAUUGGGUUCUGCAGAGUUUAUAAAGUUAUUAUUUCUCUUAAGAAUGAUCGCGUAUAGUUAAUUUUACUGCCAAAAUGUUUGUACAUUACAAGUUUAAUGAAUUACUUAGUACUUAAGUGUGAACUUAAAGUACAGUACAAAUUAUGUAACCCUGUACGUUAUGUACAUUAGAAUACAGCUGUACUUUUUAAGAUAAAAUAAAUAUAAAAGUAUGAUAACAGAACUGCUUGUCAUUAGGAAACGAAAACUGCCAUUCUAGCCUUUUUCCAAUAAUGUUCGGGUUAGCUUCCAGUUUUACAAGAUAUGGUCUAAAAUUGUCUAAAUAUUUAUAGAAGUUAAAUCAAGUCGUAUUAAUAAAAUUUUACUUGUGCAAAAAUUGGAAGUAAAGUAUAAGGUGUUCCGCAAUGAAAUGAACAUGAUGAUUGUUUAUGAACUUUUCAUUCAAGAUUUGACUUUAAAGUCUCUUAAAAUAAAGUUGAUAUUUUGUCUAAUUUUAUAAUCUUCCAAUUUUUGCGCAAGUUCAAUGAACUUCCAUUAAUAGGUAUUUAGGUAAUGAACUGUGAACGUAAAACAAGUCCUAAGUAAUGUGAAUCCUGUCCUACAGAUACAGCGAUUACAAGACUAUAAUAAAAUGUUUUAAUGAAUAUACAAAUUGUGUGUUUCUCUUAAGUUAUAAGUUUGUUUUAGCUAGAUGUCAAUAAAGGAGAUUAUAAUGGUUAAGGCAGUUCAAUGUUUCAUUGUCAUUUACCUGUGUUAACUUUGAAUAAGAUUUUAAUCUUGCA